CCUUUGACCCUCGUCAUGGCCUUUAAUUACCGCUUUGCCACUUUUCUUCCUUCUUCUCUGUUGCUCCUCCUCCUUCUCCUCGAGCCUGCCCUCGGGGCUCUGGUUCAGCAGCAACCUCUGGUCCUCAAGUACCAUAACGGUGAACUCCUCAAGGGCAAGAUCACCGUUAAUCUUGUCUGGUACGGUUCUUUCACUCCGGUUCAGCGGUCCAUAAUCGUCGAUUUCGUCAACUCCCUGGGCUUCCAACGGGCUCCUCUUCCCUCCGCCGCGUCAUGGUGGAAGACCACCGAGAACUACAAGGGUGGCUCCUCCUCGCUCGUUGGGAAGCAAGUUCUGUACGAGAAAUACUCCUUCGGGAAGUCGCUUCGUGCGAGCCACUUGGUUGCUCUGGCCUCUAAGUUCAACGAUCUUGACUCCAUUAACGUUAUUCUCACGGCGAAGGAUGUUGCUGUAGAUGGCUUCUGUAUGAGCCGCUGUGGGACGCAUGGGUCGACUCGACCCCUCAAGGGGAAGCCUCGGACUGCUUAUAUCUGGGUUGGGAAUUCUGAGACUCAGUGUCCCGGUCAAUGCGCCUGGCUCCACCAGCCUAUUUACGGCCCUCAAACGCCGCCUUUGGUGGCUCCGAAUGGUGACGUUGGAGUCGACGGAAUGAUCAUUAACCUGGCGACUCUGCUGGCCGGUACAGUUAAACCCUUUAACAAUGGGUACUUCCAGGGUCCGGCGACAGCUCCGCUCGAAGCCGUCUCGGCCUGCACCGGGGUGUUCGGGAGCGGGUCGUAUCCGGGUUAUCCGGGUCGGGUUCUCAAGAACAAGGCCACCGGAGCUAGCUACAAUGCAAACGGCGCGAACGGGAAGUACCUUCUGCCGGCAAUGUGGGACCCCCGUACAUCGACGUGUAAGACGCUCGUGUGAGGGGAUGAUCACGGACGGUAUAAGAGGGCGGAUUAAACUAUGAAAGGACCUUUUCAGACGUGGUGUACGGUUGUAGAUAUGGAUCGUAGGAACGGGAGCAGGGGAAAAUCUGCACUUUACAUGCUUUUAAGGUGCUUUUGUCGUUUUGUGAGAUAUGGGGCAAUGAUAAAAUUACAGGGGACGGGGAAUAAGAAAGGGUAUUAUGCAUAAUGGCAGGACUAUAAUAUGAAAAAUACUUUUUGUGA